GGCGCCACUCGAGCACACGGGGGGCGCAGCAACCUGUCCAGCUUCUCCUCCUACAAUAACUUUACUUUCCCGGGCUUCAUCGUCCAACCCGCGUCUGACUGACGAGCUGUCCGGGGCUGUAGAUCAUUCGGUCCGCGAAACGUGCCUCCUCGCUGGGAAAAAUCGGAGCUCUUCGAGCAAGUGAAGUGACGGAACCCCACUGGACGGGACGGUACUCUCGCCGACCUCAAGUUACGCUGAAGUUUACAUAAACUAAUCAGCUCGAGAUUUCGUGUGUUAGAAGCAUCCAGGCGAGGUGGAGUGUCGGGCAGGACGACAUCAUGUCCGACACCAACCAAGACUUCGACUGUAGUAGCAGCGAGGCCUCGUCGCCCGACUCUAAGACCUCUCCCGGCGGGAGAAAGCGUUCCGGUUCGAGGCAGUCCCGCCGGAGGGAACGGCAGCGACCCACGGGCUCCAACGCCGCCCGAGAACGCUCGCGGGUCAAGACGCUACGUUCCGCGUUUCUCGAGCUACAAAAGACGCUUCCUUCCGUCCCACCGGACACGAAGCUGUCCAAACUAGACGUCCUUGUACUUGCUACAACCUACAUUGCACAUCUCAUGAGGACCCUAGACAGUGGUGAGGAUACUCCGGAGUCCCGAGCGAAGCAGCAUCGCCUGCAGGCCACAGGCUAUCUACACCCCGUCAAGAAAUGGCCGAUGAGAUCACGACUGUACAUCGGCGCCAUGGAGAACGCGGCGGCGCUAGCGGAGGGCAGGGAGCCCGAGGAGUGCUCCGGAGGGCUGGACGUCAGAGAGUGUCUCAAUUCUUCCGAAGACGAGCAAUGCCCCAUCCAUGCAGCACAAUCCCACUAGCACAGACCGUUCCUUUGUACAUAUCAACUAACACGUGUGUUUCUACUGGACUAUGAACUCAACUUCCUAAGUUACAUCAUUGACAGACAACUGAUUCAAUUAGUUCUAUUCUUGAAGGAGUAUGAAAGUAAAACGUCUUCUCUAAGGAUGAAGGACGCGGAGCAUUCUGGGAGGUUGGAAACCGGAUGUGACGCUCAUCAAACCAUCGUAAAAAGACUGAAUGAUCUUGGCCAGUUUUUGAUUGCAAAUAAACGGAUCUGCCAGACUAUUGUAUAUAUAUCUGUAAAGAAACCAUAUGGAGAAAUCUUAACGUAAGUUAUUUUCAAUCUGACGCAUUCAUAAUUGUACAAAACUUUUGCCUCUGCUCACGACUUGAAGUCUUCCAAAUGAACUUUGUAGUAAAACAUUGUGCUUCAGAAGAUGUGCGUUUAAUUUUCUAAUACAUAAUCAAUGACACAUAGAACUAGAUUUCUACGCUUUCAAAGUUCAAUGUUCUACAUGAUACUGUUUUAAGAAGUCACACACUUCAAUGACUCUGUACAGCGCUCAUUGUUUGUUCGUGAGUACUUAUGAAACGUUAAUCAUAUUUCAUAAAUUGUUUGA